CUCGGUCUUUUGUGCUCCUUUGCCAGCAAAGCGCAGAUUUUCUGCUUCAUGACUGAUGUCUCGACGGCCCCCAUGACUGACAUGGCGUCGCGUUUAGUUGAAACUGUUAUGAUCAACGUGGACGAUUUCGCGGAUAGUUUUCUCACCUGCGGUACGUGUUUCACUGGAUAUGAUACCUGCGAACAUGCGGCUAAGCUACUUCCUUGUUCGCAUACUGUUUGUCGAUCGUGUUUAGAUCGGAUUUUGGAGACCCAGGCCACUUCACUUCGUUGCCCGAUUUGCCGCGAAGAUAUACCCGUCCCCACUGGUGGCGCAUCGUCCUUUCCCCCGGCUUUCAUCGUCAACCAGCUGUUGGAUUUGUUGGCAACUCAGCGGCGCGAUGUGGUUCCCAAAUGUCGUAUUCACCCCAACCAAGAAUUGUUGUUCUGUGAAACAUGUGAUGUUGUGUUUUGCACGGAGUGCCGUGGUCGGAGUCACGCAGCUCACCCGUCCGGAUGUGAAGCGUUGAGCGACUGUGACACAGCCAAUGUUCCCUUAUGCCUUUCCAACGAACACUCUGGUGUUGGAACGCCCACAACUUCCGGCACCUCUGCACUCAACCACAAUGUCAUCAGUUUCAAUGUCGCCAUCAAGAGGUGCACCGAGAUCAUGUUGUAUAAGAUGCAUUUAUGUAUACAGGAGUUGGAUCGUGCGCAGAGUGCUGUUUCCGCUGAAUUGGACCGUCUGUCGAUAAAUAAAAGUCUUUGCGUUGAGUCCAUCAAUUCGAAAUUCUCCGAGAUAAUCGCCCUGGUGGAGCGUCGCCAAGCUGAGUUGUUGGACACAGUCAGUCGAUUGGCAAACGAUAAACACCGUGCGCUUGUCGACCAACUUGCUUUGAUCGAAUCCGAACGUGAGGCAAUCCGUCGCGAAUGCAACAGUCUCAAAGGAAUUCUCGACGUUCGGAGCAUCUCGAAGGCCAUCAGCUAUCUGAAUGAUAAAUUGGACACUGUGACAAGCCUCACAGAACCAAGAGAGAACGCAUUCCUUCAUUAUCAAGAUUGCAUGAUGACGCGCGGUCUCCGUCGAGGACAGCGGCAAAGGAAUGCUUUAACCAGCUCCACGUCCCAACCACCAACCACGCAACCAAUGCUACAAAUCUCCGAUCGGGUUCCCAACACAACAAGCGAGUUAUGCGCACUGUCAAGUUCGCCCGUUCUCAGACAGAACACAGACACCAGUUCGAAUUCCACUGGUUCCAAUCUAAUCGACAUCGCUCGCUGCCUUGCUGCUUUCGGUCGGAUUCUGGUCAGCACUACUUAUCCUGCUCUAUGCACAGCCCGUUUACCUUCGCAGCUGGUAACCUACUUGAUAGCAAAAGCAAGCAUCCAAGCCGUCGACUAUUAUGGUCGGCCUCAGUCUACGGGAGGGACUGAUCCGAUCGAUGUCGUCCUCACCGACCCAGAGGGCCGAUCCGUACCAACUGAGUUGUUCGAUAUGGGUGAUGGCAGCUAUGAAUUGCUCAUCCGUCCUGUCACUGCGGGACUGCACCAACUGUCCGUGCAUAUUCUCAGCCGCCCUAUUAGAGGGUCUCCUUUUCAACUAUCCGUACGACGAGCACAGCAGCGAAGCUGGUGCUUCACCGAAGGUUCGGAUGGUCGGGGAUUAAUCCAACCGUUCGCGGUUGCCUACGGUCCUUAUCCACGCACAAACGGCGAGUGCACUUCAGACGGCACAUGCUUUAUCUAUCUGUUGGAUACGGGUAACAGCCGGCUGCUUGUGAUCAACCCGGACACAGGGGCGUUACACACCACCUUGGUUGGCGCCCCCUUGGUCGGCCAGGCCGCCACCGGGAUCGCCUGGUCUCCUGAAGGUCUCUGGAUUGUCAACUGGCGAUCGAAGCGCGUCUACCUCCUUGAUCCUUGGACAGAUAAAGUUGUACAGUCAAUCCACAGUUCACUGUUCAUCGAACCCACGAGCACGUGUCGGUGUCCUUUGACGGGCUCUCUGUACGUGGCUGACAAUGGGGCUGGUUGCGUGUUUCUUUGCAACCCGGUCACGGGCUCUACUCGGCCGUUCGUCGGAGUGGGCGUCCAGGCUAGUUCUUCCAACGAACCCAGCCUUUCGGGAUCCCUUACAACGCCUCGCACAGCAGAGCAGUCUGGUGACAGGUCUUCGCACCCUGCCUCUACACUCUUUUCCCCUGAGCCCCGAAAUUUCCGCCGUAUUACAGGCCUGUGUGCCACCGAUAGUGGAGAACUCAUCCUGUCAACUGGUUCCACGAUACGGGUGUUCUCCAAAGAUGGUGUGCAAAUAAACCUUUUGACGCCACCAAUCGUUCGAACUGAAAACGCCCCUUCGAUGGGUCGAACAACCAUGCCUACUCCGCGCGCUGUUUCCGAAGUUACUUACUUUGAACGCUCACCUGUAGGAAGUACAUUAACCUUGAAUACCGGCUCCAGUCGGGACGCCCGCUUCAGUCUCAAUACUGGACCACUUGGAGUGGAUCGGUGCAGUUUGUCCGGGCUACCACCGGCCCAGUCCAAUACAGCAUUUUCUCCUCGUGGUCAGUUUGGUGGUGUGUUUGCUGCUCGGCCGCCCGUAUCGGAGGACGACUUCCCUUCAGAUCGCCUCGGCAUUUGUCUUUUAGCCAGCUAUUCGGACCGAAGGAGGUCAGGUGUGGUCGUUUGGCCACAGAGUGCAUGGUGCAGUGUUCGGAACGAGUCGUCUUCCCCCAGGUCUCAGCGUUCCGUCCAAUCGUCGGCCUCUCCCAACCCCAAUUUGUCCGAUCGGCAGUCCUGUGACUCCCCAAAUUGUGUCGACUUUCCACGCCCCGUCGACUGUUGUCCCCCAUACCUAAUUGAAGCCGAACCUGGUCUGCGACGUCUUGCCGGUCUGGUAGCUCUGGCCGACAGCCGACAGUUGGUUGUAGUGGACCAGGGUGCUCAGUCCUUGUGUCGUUUGCGCUAUGCCUAGUCAUGGAUGUUACUACCCCAUAAAUCGUUCUCAGUAGCACUAUACCAAAGCGUAAUCAUCUGGUCCCAGCCAUAGAUCAAUCCCAUAUAUCUGCGAGUGAUCACAGGCCAUUUACUCCAGGGAGAUUCCCUCCGGUGUCUAUACGCGUUUCUCAAGUUUUCUUUCCUGUUACAUCUUUCCCGAAGGGCUCACUACGCUGGUGAUGCCAGACUUUCCUGCAGUCCAACCGCUGCCUCGUCUGUGAUGAUCUCUUAGGGGGUUUCGUCCGUGCGCUCCGUCCCCCCCUCAGUAACUGGUAGCUCACUGCGCACACUCCUCUCACGCAGAGCCUUUUUUCGUAUGAAUUUUUGCAGAUUGUAACAUGCCUCCAGACACUCUUCCUAUGUCACGAUUUUAGAAAGAAAAACAGUCUACAAAGGGCGCUUUACUCGCCUUUUACCUUGCACAAAACAACGAAAUUACCAUAGGUACACAAUUGUGUUAGUUCAACCGGGUCGAACCCCGCAGUUUGUUUGUUUGCGAUUGUGUUUUUGCGUCCUUUCCUAUCCUAUUUUGUUUUCACUACUGACUUGAUUCAUCUACUGCACCUACGGUCAUCGCGCAUUUCCAUAUGUUCACCUAUCUGUCUGGAUCUGUC